CAUUUAACGUCAAGAUGUCUUCCUUCUGAUCACAUCAUGUUCCUUAAGACGCACAAAACUGGUUCCAGCACUGUUGCCAACAUUCUCUUUCGCUACGGAGACAGGAAGAAUCUUACAUUUGUCCUUGGGGCAAGUGAUCUUAACUGGCCACAAAGAUUUACCACAUUUAACACCCUUCCAUUUCACAGACAGCCCAACAUUUUAUGCAGCCAUACAAGAUUUAACAAGAAACCGUUGAACUGGCUAUUUCCUCCAGAUACUAGCAAGUACGUCACAAUUCUUAGAAAUCCGGUGGAUAAUUUUGAGUCUACCUUCAACUAUUACGAACUGGGAAAAAAGUUUGGCCUAGGAAAUGAUCCCGUCGUUUCACUGGAAAAAUUCUUACGAAGACCGUAUUUUUACACUUCUGGUAAAUUCAAAUUUGUCGUCAAAAGUUUAUCGGUAAGAAACCCAAUGAUGUUUGAUUUAGGUUUAAGCUUGAGAUAUUUUCAAAACUUUACAGCUAUUAACAAUUAUAUUAACUUUUUAAACAGCGAGUUUGAUUUGGUUAUGAUUAUGGAUUACUUUGACGAAUCAUUAGUAUUGUUGAAGCGGCUCUUGUGUUGGGAAAUAGAUGAUAUUUUGAACGUCAAGGUCAACGAACGACUAGACAAGGAAAAAGCUACUUAUCUAAGUAACAGAAUUCAGGAGAACAUAAAACGGUGGAAUAAGGCAGACGUUUUGUUAUUCAAUUAUUUCAAUGCAACAUUUUGGAGAAAAGUAGAAAUGGAAGGUUUAGGGUUUUACGAAGACCUGUCUGCUUUCCGUCAAAGGAUAUUGAAGCUUGAAAAUAUGUGUUUUACGAAUUAUGGAACUAAAAUGCAGAGGGUUUGGGGAAAAAAAUUUGUGAAGGGUUAUUCCAGCAGGAAUAAUUUGAAUUCAAGUUUAAAAUAUUUUUGCGAUAACAUGAUUAAAACGGAAAACAGUUACCUCGAUGAGUUGCGUAAAAAGCGAGAUAGAGAAUUGGCGUCAGAGGUUGAGAAAAAGACCAGAAUUGAUGACUCAAUUCAUUUUGACAAGGCAAAAGAUUUGCAGUAUGUACCCGUGUAA